UCAGAUCGGAUGUGUCAAAAACGCAUCAUCGCCCCCCAGUAAAGUGAGCAAAAAAGGGCCAAACAGCAAGGGAUGAGCGUCGAUGAAACCAAAAUGGAACCACUGCCGACGGCUGAAUCGCCUCCACCGCAAGCUGCUGCACCAACGGCACAAGCACUGCCUUCGCCAUCGCCACCGCCAGCUGCAACCCCCGCAGCAUCUGUCGGUGUUCGCAUCCGACCGAAGAUCUGCGAUGUCCGGAACUGUGAUUCGAACAGUUUGCGCAACCCAGAGAUUCUGUUUGUGUGCGUCCCCGGCCACAGCUACCCAGAGCGGCGCUUCGUUUGGUUGACAUUGAUGCAAGCCGCCCGCGACAAAAAGCGAAGCUACUGUUGCUCGCGUCACUUUAAGGUGCCGGAUGAUUUCAAAGAUUUCCAGGAGUUCAUUUCAGCCCCUCCGGGCUACAAGCGGCAGUUGCUGGUGAAAAAGGGGGUUGUGCCGCAUCUUAAUAUGCCACCGCUGAAUAUGUCCGCCCUUCCACCGUUGACAGACCGCUGGCCAAUGACUCUGCCGGCGGGUAUGACGGAAGCGGACCAACUACGACAAAAUGCGGCAAGGUCGUCAAUGCCCCCGCCUCUGGGGAUGCGUGGACAUCCGUUAGAUCCCCAUAGGAUGCAAAGUCAACACUUGGCAUACGUGUCGAGUCCCUCCCGAUUGAGAUACUGCAAAGCCGUACAGACCGACUCCACCGCUCCCGCCACCACUGCCAGUGCGGGACCGCGGAAGGUCCCUCCGAGUUUACAGUACUGUCGGUUGUGCUUCAAACGCCAGGAUUUGGAACCAAUCUUUACCGGAGAUCAAACGCUGAUCGAGCCGGAUCUGAUUGAUCAGAUUUUCGGAUGCACCGAAGUGAUGAUCUGCGUUGAAAGAGACUUUCCGUCUUCGAUCUGCACCGGAUGCUACACCAGUGUACAAGAGUUUGUCAAAUUUCGCAAACUGGUCCAGCUGAAUGAUCAAUCCCUUCGAGGAAUUCCGCUACCCUCGAUGAGCAGCACACCAACCCGGUCCCCAUCGUUCGGCACGCAGACGACCUCCGUCCGGACGAAGACCACAGAAAUCAUUCCAACCCGUCCGGCACAGAAGGUGACACCGGUUCGAACGGUUAGCUCCGUAUCUCCAGCGCGGCGUCGAGAAGAUCCCCUACUAGAGGUUCAGCGCGUCGAAAACGUCGAACGAUACCAACGGCGUCAGCAGACCAUCGAACGAAACCAACCGUUGCGUGCGCAAAGGAUGCAAGACACGCUCUAUCCGGUUCCGUAUCGAAGACCUGCUGCCGAGACUCCAACCUCGGAUGACCCACUGGCGAGCGCUGAAGACGGGGAGAAACCACCCGCAGAAUCGGAAAGUAGUUCCACACCGGAAGGAGUUCAGCUGAACGGUCGAAUCGUUCCUGUGACGCUGAUCCGUGUUCAAGCGGAAACAACGGAUUCCAACCAAGGCGUAGAACUGCAAGUACCCAGUACAGGUCACAACGCAACCAACGCUGAGGGCAAAUCGGAAGAUGUGACCGUCAAAAAGGAAGAACCUAUUGAGGAGCAGCAACCACCGAAGAUUCCUUCUCCUAUGAAUACCAUCAGAGCCAAACCCUUACACCAACUUAUGGCAAGCCCAGAGCAGAGAAAACUGAAUCCUCCGAGUGUCCUACAGGCAGUGAAACUGCUUCCAUCGGCCACCGCUAGAGCGCUUGCUAAUCAGAAAUAUUCUCUCAAACCUAUUAGCACCUUAACGAGAGGCAUAACGAGCGGUCGUUUUCCGCACCGUGUUUGGAAGCCAGUUCUUGAAAAAAGUACCCCGAAGGAAUCCAUUGGUCGAAUGUUCCCCAAAUCACUGGUACGAGCAGUGAAAUUCCCCGGAACUAUGACUACAUUGUUUUCCGGGUCUAGAAAACAUCACAAAUCACCAACCCCUUCGGGAAGCCCUAAACCCGUGGAAAGUCCUAAACCUGCAGUAGUAGUGCCCAUAUCGAACCCGGACGAACGCAAACAACCAUCCGAAAAACCACAAGUUCUUCAGGAAAUGAAACUCCCGGUCAAACCUACCGCCGCAUCACCGGUCCCGAAGCCCACGAACACCACCUCGGCCACUCCGCAACCGAAACAGAAGGAAAACAGUGUCCCUGAAAGUCCACGAGAUCCAACUCCAAACAAACCGAUCAUUCAAGCAGCGAAGCUUCCGGUAAAACUUUCCGCUCCCUCACCUGUCCCCAAGCCACCUCCAAAACCUAAACAAACUGAAACCCUAGCAGCACCAUCUGCCUCCAAACCACCUCCAAAACCAAAACAAACUGAAACCCUACCAGCACCAUCUGCCUCCAAACCACCUCCAAAAUCAAAACAAACUGAAACCCCACCUGCCCCCAAAGCACCACCAAAACCAAAACCAACUGAAACCCCACCUGCCCCCAAAGCACCUCCAAAACCAAAACAAACUGAAACCCCGCCAGCACCACCGGCCCCUAGCUCCAACGCUCCACCGCCUUCACCGCGAUCAUCCCGCGUUCGAAAGGUUCCCCUUAAAUUCCAGGACUCCGUCGGAUUUCCGAUGCCGAAGAUCAUCACCAUCAAACCGGAUCCGGACUCUCCGAAAGUUGAAUCUGGCAAGGUGCCUCAAGAAAAACCCAAAGAACCUCCGGUUCGCAGCACUCGGCGAUCGAAUGUUGCCGAAGAGAAAGCCUCGGAAAGUCGCCCGCCUACCAAGCCCGAUCGGAAACAGCCGGAAGUGAAGAACGAUGCGAAGAAUAAGCAGUCCAAAGAGGAGCCUGCGGUGGCACGACUGACCAGAAGUUCCGAAACAGGAAAUAAAAAAUCGGACACACCGCAGAAGGCGAAGCCGCCGAAGCGGAAAUCGGACACCAAACCGGAUCCGGUUGCGAAGGAAGCUCCACCGCCAUCGAAAUCUCCCAAGGUGGAACCGAAGCGGAACAGUUUGGAUACGCAGAAGCAGGAGCAACGAGCCAAUGGUAGUAGGAAAAUUGUUCCAACGGCGGAAGUGAAGCAAAAGAAAUCGAAGGAACCGGAACCGUCGUUCAUUCCGCUGGUUUCGUCUCAGGAUUGGAAGUGCCCCUUCUGCUCGGAUAAGGUGUUCGAGCAGAAAAAGGGACUGGUGAAACAUCUCCGCAAACGGCACGGCAUGGACUACGCACUGGUACGGCAGCGGUUAGCCAUCUACGGUGGGAAUUGGCGCUAGAGAUUAAAAAAUACCCUUUAAGUUGGUUGUAAAAUGUUAUGUAAAUAAAUGAAUGAUUUU